CCUCGGAUGUGGCUGGAGCUGGAAGGCGCGCGCAGGGCCGGGAGGACGCUGCAGCCCCACGCGACCCGGAGCGGCUCGGAGCGGUGAAUACUAGCUCUUCAAGCCUGCAAUUACAAAAAAAAUGGCCUCCAAUAAAACUACAUUGCAAAAAAUGGGAAAGAAGCAGAAUGGAAAGAGUAAAAAGGUCGAAGAAGCAGAGCCUGAAGAGUUUGUGGUGGAGAAGGUGUUGGACCGCCGUGUGGUCAACGGGAAGGUGGAAUACUUCCUGAAGUGGAAGGGAUUCACAGAUGCUGACAACACUUGGGAACCUGAAGAAAAUCUAGAUUGUCCAGAGUUAAUUGAAGCAUUUCUUAAUUCUCAAAAGGCUGGUAAAGAAAAAGAUGGUGCAAAAAGAAAAUCUUUAUCUGACAGUGAAUCUGAUGACAGUAAAUCAAAGAAGAAAAGAGAUGCUGCUGACAAACCGAGGGGCUUUGCCAGGGGUCUCGAUCCCGAACGAAUAAUUGGUGCCACAGACAGCAGUGGAGAGUUGAUGUUUCUCAUGAAGUGGAAAGAUUCAGAUGAAGCUGACUUGGUGCUGGCAAAAGAAGCAAACAUGAAAUGUCCUCAGAUUGUAAUUGCUUUUUAUGAAGAGAGACUAACUUGGCAUUCUUGUCCGGAAGAUGAAGCUCAGUAAUUGUUUGCAUUGUUUUUUUAUAUAUAUUUAUAUAUAUAUAUAAAAUCUGGAUCUUGGUUUUUUGAUUUACUAGCGUGAAGAAAUAACUACAUUCUAAUGAAAAUCAAGUUUGAUAUGUUGGUUUGAAAGUAGUAUUGGGGGAGUUGUGAAUUUUCUAUUUUUUUGCAUCAGUAGCACUGGUUACUUCUAACAAGUUUUGAAAAAGCUUUCUGUAGUUGCUUCCUUCAUCAGCAAACAGUUGCUGCCUUGGAGAAGUUUUUUUAAACAUUGUUCUCAGUGUCAGAACCUGAUUUCUCAACUCGUGCCCGACAACUGUUUUGGGUGAUUGUGUGUGUUCAUAAGAUAUUUGUAUAACUGUUUUUUUCUUUCUUUUAAAAUUUCAUCAAAAGGAAGACCAUGAGACUCUGUUGCUAAAAUGUCAUUGUGAGCAACCUGAGACAUAAAUCACUUCAAGUUAAACUGGAAAAAAUUGUCAUGAAGCCAUAGCUGUUGGAAUAAUGUUGUAAGUCAUUUGGACAGGUUAGAUAGUUGAGGAGAAGCCAUAUCAGAGAGCUGGAUCGAUAGUCGUAAAUGCCGUGGCUCAUACAAUCUUUAUUGUUACUGAUUAGUCUCCCCAUUCAGGUGAGAAAGGCAGACCCCCUGCUGCCCUGUAAAAAACUAAGAUAAACAAAUAUUGGACAAUUUCUUCUUGUGAGCCAUUACUCUGCGAAGGUCAAAAUCCAUGUGCUAUUAUUGACUAAAAUGUCAUGAUUCAUGGGAUUUCUAAAACUUGGCUUAGAGACCUUGCCAGUUUAGGAUCUGCUGUCACAGCGGGAGAUCAGGCUAUUGUAAUCUACAUCAUUGACCUGCAUGGUUUGUGUUUGUCACGUCUCAUUUCUUACAUGGAGGCUCAGUCCGAGCUGUUUGGGUUACUGGUUCAGCAGAUGCCAGGAAAAAAAAAACAAUAACUUUGUAGUAAUCAGAAUGUUAUCCAACUGUAUAUUGUUUACUUUAUUGUAAAUACUGGUGAACAGUGGUCAAUAAAUAGUUUUAUAUUCCUUUA